AUGGCACUCGCAAGCCAUACGCACUGCGCGCACUCGUUUGUCAUGAUCAAGUCCGACAACACCCUGAUUCAGUGGACCUGCCACGUCUGCCACCACGGGCCGUUCUGGUUCAUCUGGGAGUGCAGGUAUUGCCGGCUUCACACGUGUCGGUCCUGCAUGGACAGUGCCUAG